GACGUGCAGAAGCGCAUUAAGCACAUGAUGGCUUUCAUUGAGCAGGAAGCCAUCGAGAAGGCAGAACAAAUAGAUAUCAAGGCUGAGGAAGAAUUCAACAUCGAGAAAGGACGCCUUGUGCAAACCCAACGACUGAAGAUUAUGGAGUAUUAUGAGAAAAAGGAAAAGCAGAUAGAGCAGCAGAAGAAAAUCCAGAUGUCCAUCAUGAGGAGUCAAGCAAGGCUGAAUUUCCUGAAAGCCCAAAAUGACCUCGUCUCAGAGUUGCUAAGUGAAGCAAAGCUGAGACUCAUCAGGAUUGUGGCAAACCAAGAAUUCUACCAGAAGAUGUUGUAUAAACUGGUGCUACAAGGUCUGUUCCGACUGCUGGAGCCUGAGGUGAUUAUACGCUGCAGGCCACAGGACCACCAUUUGGUUGAGGAUGCAGUGAAAAAAGCCAUCACUCAAUACAAGACAGUCUCCCAAAAAAGUGUGAAUGUCCACCUUGAUCUAGAGGUGCACCUGCCUAUGAAUGCAGCGGGAGGUGUGGAGGUCUACAGUAGCACCCAGAAAAUAAAGGUUUCCAAUACUCUAGAGAGUCGACUGGAUCUCUUAGCCCAUCAAAAGAUGCCAGAAAUCCGAAAGGCCUUAUUUGGAGCCAAUCCCAACAGGAAGUUUUUAAUAUAAACCUCUGGGAAAUGAAGCUCAUGUUGAACUUCUGAGCCAUAAAAGCAUGUUA